GCCCGAUUUGAAUCGCGGCACCGCUCGGGGCGCCGCUGGGAUGGGUGCCCCGUCGUUGCCCGCGGCCUGGCAGCUCUACCUCAAGGACCACCGCAUCUCUACGUUCAAGAACUGGCCCUUCCUGGAGGGCUGCGCCUGCACCCCGGAGCGGAUGGCCGCGGCCGGCUUCAUCCACUGCCCCACUGAGAACGAGCCGGACUUGGCCCAGUGUUUCUUCUGCUUCAAGGAGCUGGAAGGCUGGGAGCCAGAUGACGACCCCAUAGAGGAACAUAAAAAGCAUUCAUCUGGUUGUGCUUUCCUUUCUGUCAAGAAGGAAUUUGAAGAAUUAACCCUCGGUGAAUUUUUGAAACUGGACAAAGAAAGAGCCAAGAACAAAAUUGCGAAGGAAGCCAGCAGUAAGCAGAAAGAAUUCGAAGAGACGGCAAAGAAAGUCCGCUAUGCCAUUGAGCAGCUGGCAGCCACGGAGUGAUGCCUUCCACCACACUCCCUGUCCCCAGUGUCACCACUGCUCUGUGGGGCCCGUGACAGUGCCUUAGGAAAGGAACAACAUUUUGAAAUGAGCAUAUUUAAACUAUUUUUAUUUCCUCUUGAAAGUAGUGCCACGACUACUUCCGUCUUGCACCUGGUGUUGCUGCGUAUAGUGACUAAUUCUUUUUUCUUUGGUUGUUUUUGCUUUAUUGACCCUGGGCUUGCCAGGGUGGGAAGGUGAGACGUUUGGUCACGUGGGCAGAGCCCUUCCACCAUGUAGUGUCUGGGCUUCAUGCUGACUGGCUGGCGAGCCUGAGAUCUGAUGGGAAUGUGAUCACAGGGCCACUGCUGCUGAACAAAUAGAGAAUCCAGGUGCCAGUUUCCAUGUUGUUGUGUAACCUGUGUGUAUGGUGUGCAUGUCGCGUGUUCCCAGUAUCUGCAUGCUGUCUCACUUGGACAAGUCCUGCUCCAUCCACCUGCAGCCUCCGGCUGUGCUGUGUGACUGAAGGGGUUUCCUUUCCUGCUUUGUCAUUUUGUAAUCUUCAAGGCUGCAGAGGGACAACGGGGGCAUUGAGCCCCAGGCCGCCUCGGGACUGUGGGUGGAGCCUCUCCAGGGACAGGCCCUAGUGGCUGGGAGGGACGGAGGACUGACGUCUUGACUCAAGCUGGCCGCUUGCUUUGAGGUCACUUGAAGGUUUUUUCCCUCCAGUGGCACACAGCACGGUGACAACAUUUCUCCAGAACAGACAAGGUCCUUAAUGCCACACAGGCAUUUGCAGGCCCAGCUCAGUGCUUCAUCCGCUCACGGUUGGAAGAGUGCAGAGUGGAGUCCUCUGGGGUUGCGCUCUGGACAGACUCG